AAAGUCUGAAACGGGGGGUAAUUCUCACUGGGGGACUUUGAGAGCUCAAACUUCUGAGAGCUUGUUGAAGCGGUGAGGUUUCACCGUGCACUUGCUCACCUGCUGCUGGUGCUGUGAAAUCUGCUGCCGCUCAGUAGCUCCGACUUUGCAAGCACAACCCGGGUCACGUCUCAAAGCUGUUUUGUUCCCACUGCCAGAAGCGUUGGUAUGGAGUCCCUCAACCUUACUAAGGAAAGGAGAUCGGCCGGUUCAGCUUAGCUCAGCUGCAUGAAAUAUGGGAGACGACAGGCCGUUUGUGUGCAAUGCCCCCGGCUGUGGACAGAGGUUUACAAACGAGGACCACCUGGCGGUUCAUAAACAUAAGCAUGAGAUGACAUUGAAAUUCGGCCCUGCUCGAACUGACUCAGUCAUCAUAGCAGAUCAGACUCCGACCCCAACUAGGUUCUUGAAGAACUGCGAAGAAGUGGGACUCUUCAAUGAACUGGCCAGCUCCUUUGAGCACGAGUUCAAGAAAGCCACGGAGGAUGACGAGAAAAAGAGUGCCGGAGCCCUGGACAUGUCUCUGCCCUCCACCCCGGACAUCAAGAUAAAGGAGGAAGAGCCAGUGGAGGUGGACUCUUCCCCGCCGGACAGCCCUGCGUCUAACCCACAGUCGCCACAGAACAAGGAGAAGGAGAUCACUUCCAAGCCUGUAAUCAUUUCUACGCCUACUCCAACCAUCGUGCGUCCAGGCUCGCUGCCACUACACUUGGGUUACGACCCGCUCCACCCUACGCUGCCUUCCCCAACCUCUGUCAUUACCCAGGCUCCCCCUUCCAACAGACAGCUUGGGUCUCCCACAGGUUCCCUUCCACUUGUCGUGCAGCUUGCGAACGGACAGACCAUGCCCGUCCUCCCAGGCCCUCCAGUACAGAUGCCUUCUGUUAUAUCGCUGGCUCGGCCGAUGUCCAUGGUGCCGAACAUUCCCGGUAUUCCUGGGCCGCCCAUCAACAGCAGCGGAUCCAUUUCACCAUCAGGACUUCCAGUGCACUCUGAAGCCAAAAUGAGGCUGAAGGCCAGCUUGACGGCAUCUUCCUCACUGAAUGGCAGCAACCUGGUGGUGGGCUCAGCCAGCACGAUGGUGACCGCACGUCCAGAGCAGAGUCAGAUACUUGUCCAGCACCCUGACGCCCCUUCCCCAGCUCAGCCACAGGUUUCCCCUGCCCAGCCCACCCCCAGCACCGGCGGGCGACGGAGACGCACGGUUGACGAAGACCCGGACGAGCGCCGGCAGCGGUUCCUGGAGCGGAACCGGGCUGCCGCGUCCCGCUGCCGUCAGAAACGCAAGCUCUGGGUGUCUUCCUUGGAGAAGAAAGCCGAGGAGCUCACGACCCAGAACAUCCAGCUGAGCAAUGAAGUUACGCUACUGAGGAACGAAGUUGCUCAGCUUAAACAGCUCCUGCUGGCUCACAAGGACUGCCCUGUCACUGCACUACAGAAGAAAACACAGGGCUAUCUCGAAAGCCCAAAGGAGAGCUCUGAGCCCACCGGCUCCCCUGCUCCCGUCAUCCAGCACAGCUCCGUGACGGCCUCCCCCAACGGGCUCAGCGUCCGCUCGGCAGCAGUGCCACUUCGGUGCUCACCCAGAUGGCGAGCCAAAGGACAGAACUGAGCAUGCCGAUACCGUCACACGUCAUCAUGGCUCCACAGUCGCAGUCUGCUGGCAGAUGAUGUCACAGCCUGUGCGUGUGACACGGAGCUAACCGCGAACUCGCAGCCGGAGAGACUGACCGUAACCAAGUCCCUGACGAGUGGGGGCCGAUAAGGAUUUUUAUUUCUUUUUUUUUUUUUUUCCAAGUGAGUUAAGGGCAGCUAUGGCGCUUCUUACACUGCGUAGCCUGUACAGAUCCUGGCCCCCAACCGCUGCCCUGCCGUCGCCCGUCCCCGCAGGACGGCCGCGGAUUGAGCGCGUUUCUCGACCCUUCAGUUGACCAUCCGUCAACUGGCGGAGUCCUCCAAACACACAGAGCUUCACUUCGAAAAGCACCUUGAAAGGUUCACUUUCAGGUAUCAGUUACAUUAACACUAAACCUCCGUGCUUGGUGGAUCCCCUUGGCGCUUUCACUCUUCCGAGUCCCCGUCCCCCCCGCCGCCGCCUCCUCCGCUCUCAGCAAAGGAAAACGUAGCUCUUGGGAGGCUGCGACAUUUAGUCGUGCCGUCAAUGUAUUUUAUUUUUAACAGCAUGCUGCUUCCAGGCAUCUGCUCCCCCCUCUGCUCUAGCUACCUGAAACAUUGCACCUUCGCACAAGAAGCCUCCUUGAGCUCUGAGGUUAAAGGGAUCGAGGUUAGUCUCGUCACACGCUAACUCCCAAGGUGCCAGCGACGGAUUUUUGGACACGAUGGGGGUGUAAUCGCUGUAAAUCGGUUUGUGCCCAGCGGUUGGGAGAGGGGGACGCGGGGCCGGGGACACGCACGCGCCUGCGUGCGUGCGCGUGCGCACGCGUGUUCCUGGUCACUUGUGCCGCACCGGGAGUUGCAGACGUUCACGUGCUGCUCUCGUCACGGGACGCUGUGGUCGCUGGAGAAAAGGUACCGUCUGUUCUAGCAGCGGAGGGGCUGCUCUCAGUCUUCCUUACAGUAAAUUGGUGCUGAUCUGCGUCGGCUGGGACCGGCGCAAAGGCGCCCUGGGAGGUACCUGAAAGGAUGAGCCGGCCCAGCGGGUGAUAAUAAUGUGAGUCCCAGAAUUCGUCAUCUGCUCCCAACUCCACCGUACACCUUAGCAAACAAAUCCCUCCAUUUCCAAGGAUCAUCUCCUUUACACGUAACCUCGAUGACCUUAAUAAUGGUGGCCUUAAAUCAUGAAUGAGUUGCCUGUUCCAAGGGGAGGGAGCACGAAGUAGUGUUUCUAUUUGCCCGGCCUUUUACCUCUUCUUCGUGAUUAUCUUCCGCUCUCGGUGAUGGAGCAUCCGUUGCUUCCCAGCCAGAGCAAACGAAGGAUUCACAGAGCUUCCAGUUUCACAGGGCAGGUUAAAAACCCAGCCUCCAUGUUGAAAGACGCUUGGAAUCGGGUCCGCGUUCUUGCCGGGCGGGCGUAGCGUGCGUGUGUGUCUGCGCGUGCUUCCCGAGGCUUGCCGCUGGCCCUGGGCAAGCGACUGGAGGCGAUAGUUUGGAAAUGGGAAGGGGUGCGGUGUGCGUUCGGGCUCUCGGAAGGAACCUCGUCAAAGUCCGCGGAGCUGCAUCAGCCCUUGGUCUUCCUCUCCUUCUCGGGAGGUCCCUCCUCACCUGAGCUCUCGCCCACCUCAGGUUGCACUCGCCACUUUUGAGCCAAGUUUGUUUGUCAAAGUGAUUUCGUUUGGCUUAUCCAGACUUGGAAGGUUUCCAGGGACAGCAAAACCCAAAGCAAAGUCUGAGCAAGGAACCGGAUCCCAUUACGGACGGGGAAGUUCAGCCGUUUGGUUUUUCUAUUGAUGGGAUCUGCCUUCUCCCCCUCCCCUCUUUUUCAGGUUUUCCUCGACUUCUCGGCAGCGUCGACCGCGGCAUUUCUUGGGUUUGGUUCGUCUUGACGGGGUGCUGCUCUCAACGUUCCCCUGGUUUCUCUCGUUCAUCUCGAGAGUCGUCUUGGGCGUGAUCAGGGUGGCUUCUGGCCUCGGCAGUUUGCACUUCUGGUUCAGAUCCUGCGUAGCCCCCCCCUCCCCUCCCCGGGACCCGCCUUUUGUUUCUGUAAAGCUGUUUCUGCAGAGUCUGUGUGUAGACGGAUGGUUCGGCCCUUGCUGUCCCGACACGGUGUGUGUUUCUGCAGCGGGAGCGAGCUGUGAGAAGCGGACGCGGGGGGCGGCAUGUCUUAAAGCCGCGCGACCUGGACAAAUAAAGGGUUUCAGCCAGGUGAGGCACAGUGGGGGAUCAGGACCUUUUUGGGGGGCCAGGAUCUAAGGCGGAGGGUUUGCAGGAGGUACAAGAUCCAGCCUGGCUCUGCUUCCUCUCUUGGAGCUGCUGCUGGGUGCAGGUUGUAGAGCUGCGCCAGGGAACGGCAGAAAACCCCGCGCUCCUUCGCGUGGUCCAAAAAGGUGUUAAAAUGACCCGUCUUUGCGGCAAAGGGAUUUGCUCUGGUCUUCAAAUCUGCCCGGUUUGCUUCAGGGGGCUUUGAAACAAGCGUCUCUCUUCCUUUCUCUGUCCGGGAAUAGCAGGAAUGACAAAAAUGUGUUGUAAACAUAUUUGCUUCGUCGCCCGGCAGCCGUUGGGGUCCCUGUCCCUCGGUGCGUUGCGCUCGGAGACAGGAGCUGGGACAGCGUGCGGGGAGCGAGCGGUCGCGUGUCCGGCGGCGCCAGCAGCAGCUCACCAGCUCCUCCUAGGCUCACCGAGCGUUCGGCUCUGCGGG